AUGUUUAAUUUGCAACAAGAACAAUCAUACAACGACAAAAUGGGAUCGGCUGAUGGCGACGAUCCCUGUGGAGCAAAAGAGUCAUCAACCUCAACAACAUUUACUCCUAUUUCCGUCAAAAUCAUAUGCAAUAACACUCCACAAAAAGCACUCAUUGAUACAGGAUCGGCCAUCACUAUUAUUCAUCAACAUCUAUUAAAUGAUAUACCACAUGAAAAAUUAAUACCAAAAACAAUAAAUCAUUUAUCUGGAAAUUGCUCAACAUUAAAUAUUAUUGGUGAAAUACCUUUAGAAAUAAACGUUAAUGGAAUAAAAACAACAACUAUUGCUGAUGUUACAACAAAUCUUGUUACAAAUUUAAUAUUAGAUAGCGAUUGGAUUCAAUCAAACAAUGUUUAUAUUCUUACACCUGAACAACAAAUUAUGAUCCGACGUCGAGGUAAAGAAGUAUCAAUUCCUUUUGUAAAACCACCUCUUUUAAAUUAUCUAGCUAGUCUUAUUAAUUAUAUUACUCUUCCUCCUUUUUCAGAAAAAAUAGUAGAAGCAAAAGUUCAACCCAACAAUAUAACUGAUGUAUUAUUUGAACCGAAUUCUCGAUUAAAAAAUAAAGCAUUAUUUACUGGCAAUGCAUUACUCAAUAUUGAAAAUAGAACAAUAGAAAUUAGUAUAAUUAAUGCGAUGAAUCGACAACAAACGCUUUCCGAAGGAAUCAAAUUAGGUAUAGUGACACAACUAUCUUCCACAAUUGGAGUCACCGUAUCAUCAAAUUAUUUAAUAGAACGCAUUCCAAAAGGAAAAGCGUGUAAAGUGCUCAUUCCUGAAGGGAAAGGAGCGAAAGCAUCGAAUACAUCAAAUUUUAAUCACAUGCCAACUACAACAUCACAUGACCAACAACAUCAAUGUCGUGAAUGUUAUCAACAUUUUAACACUGGCAAUGAACUAUUUAAACACCUUAGAAACAAAUGUUAUCCUGAAGAAAUAAGACAACAAAUAAAUAAAUCAAUUGAACAUAUUAAUGAUGAUAAACAACGAGAACAACUUUGA